AUGGAGCAUAUUGGAGAUGGAAUUGGAUGGCAUUUGAGUAUAACACAAAAGGUAGGACCAUUUUGGCCGAGAAAACGAAUAUUUUACUGUUUGUUUGAGGUUUUUGGCUCCAGAAAUGUUCCAAGGCUCGAAUAUCAGUCUAUCGGAAAAAUAACGGCGGAUCGUCGCAUCCAAAUGUCUCGCCUCGCCGCUGUCGCGCACCAAAUCCCAAACCGCGGCUUGCAGUCGGAAAGCGAUGAUGGGCGAUUCCGAGGCGCGACGAUCCGCCGUUUUUUUCCCGACAGACCGAGACAUUAAAUUUUAACAAGAAAAUAUUACUUUAGGUGAUGAACAUGAAUAGUCGCUGGAAGUACCAGAGCCAACAGAAAUGGUCCGGUAUUCAACCCGAUUAUUACACUUCGAGGCUCAAUAAUGUAUUUUCAAGGCUCUCAGCCCUUGUUAUUGUCAUCUUUAGCGGGGUUUACGGUAAUAACCCACCAGCCAAAAAAGCAGUUUAUGAUUUUUCGGUUAUCAAGUUUCAAAUAUAAUAAAUUGCUAAAUUGAGCUCAAAAUAGAAUAAAUUGCUAAUUGAGCUUAACUGUUUUGAGCUCUUUUCGAGUAUUUUACAUCAAACUUGUGCUGUGUUAGACAUCAAAUAACAAGAAUAAGAGAAAGAGAUUUUUUAUGUAAUAGUUUUGUCCCUAAGCUUACUGUAAGUCAUCUCAUAGCAUAUCGAAGCGGUAUUGGAUUCAAAGCUGCGUUUUGUCAUCAAGAUUCAGAAAACGAGAGUAAUUAUCUACUACAAUGUCAUUAUUUUGGGAUUUUUAUGCCAAAAAGAGUGUCAUAAAGGGGUAAAAAGUCGUAAAAUCGAAAUUUCCGCAUGACUUUUGGCAAUUUAAAAUAAUAAAUACGUAAACAUGACGCAGUUUAUGGGAUUUUGAUGACAAAAAUCAGACUCUGAAUCUUAGGAACCUCAAAAACCCAAAAAAAGAACCCCCAAAAUCCCUCUGGACUUACCAGUCGACCCUACCCCAGGUCCAACCACCGGGACGGCAUCGGUGGUGGACGCUGGGGGCUUCGCUGACGCGGGCUGGGUGCUUGGCAUCGUAGGAUGGUUCGCGGGGUUAACCAGGAAAAAAUUCGACCGGUGAAUGAGAGAAAUCCAAACGAAAUUUCGGUGAAUUUCGAAUAUGCAAAUUUCUAAUUUGUUGGGAAAAUACGUGGGAAAAUUGACUUUUUUCGAAUUUUCAUUCAAAUUUCUUUCAUUUUUUUGGAAAGUUUCUUGCCACGUGUUGCGAUUUCGGAUGUAUUUUUAGAAUUUUGGAGGUAUCAGGACGAGUACGGGCAAAGAUUCAGGACUGGAUUACACGUUUUGGGUAAGGUUUUGACAAUUUUUUUUGAUUUCCUUAGCUUUUGAUGUAUUAUUUUUUGAUUUAUGUGGAAUUUUAGAUUGUUCUUUGCGUAAUCUGAUGCGCUAA